AUGGAGCCGAACACGAAGGGCCCGACAGCGUCGAAGGGUCUCCAGACGUCCUCGGAAACGGGCACUCGUGGGUACGAGGCGUUCCCGCUGUCCGACCAGCUGGUUCCAGUUCGUGUGGAGCAGACGUCGCCGUCCAGGUUGGGGGAGCGGAUUCCUGCUGCCGGUUGCCUGCCACGGGACGGGCAUGAGUGUCUACCACCAACCUUCGUGCUGCCAUGGCAACCGGAUCCAAACAUCGCUGGCCAGAAGACUCUCGGCGGUGCUUCGGUCAGCGCUAUGGCCAAAGGCUGGGUGUCUUUGCUUGCGGUGUGCGUGGCGGGCUUCACCGUGCUGUUCCAAAACGAGGUGGACCAAGACCGCUGGGUGGCUUCACAAGCAAUCACGCUCAAGGCCAGCGCAAGCGACGCCUUCCGCUUUGUCACCUCAUCCGAGUACAUGAGUAAGUGGCUGCCGUUCGUAAGCUCGGUCUUCGAAGCCGAUGGCAAGCAGAUGUCUGUUGGAAAGCGCUACCGAGCUACCUACGAGCUUCCCUUAAUAGGUGAAGUCGAUACGUGGUACAGCGUAGUGGAGUACCAGCCUCAUCGGCGGGUGGCCGUGGAGAUACACGCUUGGUCCCGUGCUGCACUUUGUAAGCAACCAGCAACUCCAGCGAUCCUUGUUCCUGCUGCGAAUGGUCUUCCCGCAAUGACUAGAGCGUGGCCGGCCCCGCGCAUCCAAGCGUGGGUCGGAGUCGCUCGUUGUGAAGAUGCCCAGCGCUGGCUUCCGGUACUGAGCACUACAAGGAAGGCCGCGUGCGCAACGGCCGAGCUACACUUCGGGUGACGUCCACUGUGACUAUUAACUGUGCGUCUCUACACAUAUGUGCUGUGAAUUCGUUCAACUUUUUCUUAAUGUUUUGUGUGACCUUCCAUAUUUCACUUAAAGGAUCCCACACCUGCUCCCUUCUAACCUGUUAGUAUUAUGCUAGAAAUUUUCAAGUCCGCCCCGCAAGCUUCGUACCUCAUGUAUAUUUCAAAAUUGUUUUGUUAGCAGCGGAGAUUGAAGCAAAAAUGAACUGAUGUGAAAUGAGGCUGGGAGGUGACAAGUUAUACGUUCCCGAUGCCCGUUGCUCCUAACAACGCCAUCAAGCGAUGUUCUUUCGCUACAUCUCUUUUCCAAAUGGCGAGGGCACACGUCAGACUUGCUUCGCGAGUGCGGCUACUCAUUUGCUGCUUUCUGGCUGCCUAGCGGGUUCUCGGGUUUUC